GACAGGGGUGGGAAGUGGGGCGUAAAAAACUCCGGGUGUUGCGGAAAUUUUAUCGAAUCAUUGGAUCUCACCAAGAUGAGUUUAGAAAUUUUGAAGUGCAUAUCCUGAGACGGUGGCGCGGGAAAUUCGUAAACUAACGUAUUUUGCGUAACUCUUCAUGAUUCGAUUUCAUCUCUUUCAACCCUAGGUGGAACUCAUUGAAGACGCGGAAUCGCAAGAUACAGAAGGAAUAAUGAGUGGAUUUUCAUUUGGAACGACACCCGCGAAACCUUUCGGGUUUGGUGCUGCUGCUAGUACACCAUCCUUCGGUUUUGGAACGUCCACGACUACGGCACCAACAAGUUUUGGCUUCGGAUCAUCUGCUGCAAGUGCACCAUCUACCUCCCUUUUCGGUGCAGGAAGCACCCCGGCGUUUGGAGCUACUGGAACAACUCAGCCAUUUGGGGCAACCAGUGCAGCGCAGCCUGCCUUUGGUGCGUCGACUUCUCAACCAUUUGGUUCCACAAAUUCUGCCUUCGGUGUAGCCAAACCAGCGGGUUCCGCUUUCGGAGCAUUCGGUUCUACUGCUACUCAACCAUUUGGUGCGACUAGUACCGGGUUUGGCAUUGGAUCCACAGCGCCGGCAUUUGGUGCUGCUGCAUCAACAGCUCCUUCGUUGAAUUUCGGCUCAGGAACAACAUCCGGCUUUGGAACAGGGUUCGGAUCUGCGGCGCCAACCGCUAGUUUUGGAACUUCAGCUCCUGCUUUCGGAGCCACGACCACCUCAGCUCCGGCAUUUGGAUUCGGGUCGAACACUGGAGCCUUUGGCUCUUCAGCUCCGACAUUCGGAUUCGGAUCAACUCCUGCUACAACAGCGUCUACGUUCAGUUUUGGAACUGCAGCUGCCAAGCCUGCUUUUGGACUUGGUGCUCCAUCGACUACCUCUUCUCUGUCGAGUGGAUUCGGAGCUUCAACGGGAUCAACUUUUGGGUUCGGGUCGACUCCGUCAACAGGAUUCGGGGCUGCUAAGCCUGCCGCGACAGGAUUCGGUUUUGGUGCGACGACAACAUCGGCUCCUUCGUUCGGAUUCGGCUCGACACCGGUGACGACUCAGUCCAUGUUUGGAUCCACGACACCUGCCUUCGGAUUGGGAGGAGCAAAGACCACAGGAGCUGGAUUCGGAGGCUUCUUGUCGACUACUACCACGACAGCCCCGAGCUUUGGUUUCGGAUCCACUACUACGACCCCUAGCUUCGGAUUUGGAUCGUCUACCCAGGGGUUUGGAACGGGAUUUGGUGCAAAGACCCCCGCUGCCAGCGGGUUCGGCUUCGGUGCCCCCACCAGUACUACUUCAUUCCUUUCAAAUACUGCGCCUUCUUUUGGUAUGGGGGGAGCAAAGCCGAGCUUUGGUUUCGGUGCUCCUUCCGGGCCCAGUUUUAGUGGAUUCGGAGCAGGUGGAACAUUUGGAGCAUCCCAACAACAACAGCAAGCCGCCCCAGGACUCGGCGUCUCCCAGCCCGUGACCGAGACAGAUUUAUCAGUAUUGGCGUUGACGGAUUCUUGCAAAAUUUUCGGCGACGAACGGGAUCGCAUUUUGGUGAAAUGGAACCAACUCCAGGCUUUCUGGGGACACGGCAAAGGUUUUUACAGUGCACAUCAUCAGCCCGUUGCUUUCAAGCCUCACAAUGUCUUCGCGAGGUUCAAAGCAGUCGCGUAUUUCAAACUCUGCGGGGCAAAGGAUUCCUCUGGUCACGUUUCUUUGAUCAUCAACAAGCCUGCCAGAGAAAUUGAGUUGAAUCAGGCGCAGUUACAGUCCGAAGUCAUGCGUGCGAUAUUAGGAACUUCGGCCAACUUGGCACAGGCAAGUAUCAAAGUGGUCAUUCACGACUGGAAACCCUUGCCGAAUAACAAAUGCGAAGUGGUCAUUUACGUCAUUGAAAAAACGUCUACAGGCGAGUUUCGACGGCGAACGGAAGUCACUAUUUCGGCGAAGAAAUUGCACGAAAGGCUACGUCAACAAGCUGCCGCUCAAGUUCUGGCGUCCUCACUCAGUGUGGAAGAUGUGGUUUACAGAUGUCGUCUUUCUGAUGAGCAGAUUGAAGAAUAUUUGAAAACCCCUCCUCGAGGUAUCGAGCCGUUGACAUGGGAACAAGGCAAGAAAGAUAAUCCUGACCCGGCCAACAAGCUCCCUCAAGUCCUGACCGGUUUCGAUGGUUUGCUGGAGCGCUUUCGCCUUCAAGGCAUUGAAACUCAGCGGCAAGAAGCCGAGUUGGACGCUGUGGAGCAAAAUAUUGAAGAAAUGGUUCGGAAACACUCGUUGCUGAAGACGAAGGCUGAUGAUCUUCGGAUAGCUCAAGAAAGAUUCUCUCUGAAAGUGUUGCGCGUUCUAGUGAUGCAAGAAAUGGUGAGAAAGUGCGGCCAAGGUCUCAAAAAGGAAGAGGAGGAACUUCUUGGGCCAUGGAUUUCCAACUUGUAUGCGGAAAUCGGGGCUGUUCGCGAAGGCGACGUUUUCUUCAAAAAAGAACCAGGUGUUCUUGGGGAUCCUGUGGAAGCGAAGGAGUAUUUCGGUCUGAGAGCCAGGGUCAAUUCCAUUUACAGCCUCUCUCAAAUGCGUCCCGACGAUGGGUUCGAGAAUUCUUUGCGUCGUCAGAAAUUGCCGAUCAUCCACGAAGCUUGUCCAGAUUUGAACUUCGCAUUGGAAGCGAUGUCGAGAGCUGUUCUUGAUCUCCAGACCCUCGUCAAGACGGACCUUGAUGCUUUGGCAGAAAUUCGAACUAAAUUGGAUUCGAGGGUUCAACAGUGA